CCGGGGUGUUGUGUUCGAGCGGUGAAGGAUAGAAAGUAUUGGAGCGACGGAACGUAUGUAUGGGAGAGACCACUGACUUAACGCCCGGGGGGGGGGGGGGGGGUAACGGUAUAUCGGCAGGGAUGAAGCGGUGACCAUUUCUGAUGCUGACGGUUUCCUUGACUUGCCAAGAUGAGUAAACUCCCUGAGGACUUGCAGUCUGAACUAGAGAGGAGUCUACCGGCGAUCGCCUCCCUCAACUCUUCUCUGAGCCAGAGUCUGUCGCCGCCGUUCUACCUUCCCCCGGGGCAGCGCCGGGCGAUCUCAGAUGUGCGCCGGACAUUCUGCCUUUUUGUAACGUUCGAUCUGCUCUUCGUAUCUCUUUUGUGGAUCAUUGAGCUCAAUACUAGUGAUGGGAUUAAGAAUAGCCUGGAAAAGGAGAUUGUGGAAUACCAGUUCAGUAACUCGUUUUUUGACAUAUUUCUGCUGGCAGUGUUCCGCUUCUCUGUUCUGCAGCUCGGCUAUGCUGUCCUACGACUUCGACACUGGUGGGCUAUAGCUAUCACAACCCUGGUGACCAGCGCGUUUCUGAUUGUUAAAGUCAUUAUGUCACAGCUAUUGUCCAAAGGGGCGUUUGGGUAUCUUCUGCCCAUUAUAUCUUUUGUACUGGCAUGGCUGGAAACAUGGUUCCUGGACUUCAAGGUUUUGACACAAGAAGCAGAAGAAGAGCGAUGGUAUCUGGCUGCACAGGCCGCUGCUCUACGCCCUCCCCUUUUGUACCCAGGAGCGCCCUCUGAAGGACAGUUCUACUCCCCACCAGAGUCUUUUGCCGGGUCAGAUAACGAAUUUGAUGAUGAUGAGGAAACUGUGGGUCGUAAUGCUGUUACUCACCAAGAACGAGAGUAUGUGAGGAAAGGAAAAGAGGCUUUGGAGAUUGUGGAGCAGAUACUGGCACAGGAAGUCAACUGGAAAUUUGAAAAGAGCAACGAAGUCGGAGACAUUGUGUACACUUUAGACAUACCUUUUCAUGGAAAGACUUUCAUCUUAAAGGCUCUCAUUCAGUGUCCUGCGGAGGUUGUGUACCAGGAGGUCAUCCUGCAACCUGAAAAGAUGGUCUUGUGGAAUCGGACAGUGGCUGUUUGUCAGAUCUUACAGCGUGUGGAUGACAACACCCUUUUAUCAUAUGACGUGUCUGCGGGAGCAGCCGGUGGAGUGGUCUCCCCCAGGGAUUUUGUUAAUAUACGAAGAAUUGAGAGAAGAAAAGAUCGCUACCUCUCAGCUGGUAUUUCAGGGACACACCACGCCAGACCUCCGCUGACGAAAUAUGUGCGAGGAGAAAAUGGACCAGGAGGUUUUGCAGUAUUGAAAAGCUCUCGAAAUCCUUCUGUCUGUACUUUCAUAUGGAUCCUUAACACUGAUUUGAAGGGUCGGUUACCACGCUACCUCAUUCACCAAAGCCUAGCGGCCACCAUGUUCGAGUUCUGCGGCUACCUUCGGAAGAGAGUCUGUGGAGUUUACAGUGGAUCAUCAUAAUUUUUGUUGUCUUAUGUUCCCGGGCUCCUAAUCCGCCGCUUCCUCCCUGCCGCUAAAGCACUGACUUGAAGUUGUUGUCUGCACACUGUUCCCCCCCUUUCUUUUGGAACGUCCAUGGGUAAAGAGCUGUCCUGCGCAACAGGAUCCCUGUUCCCUGGGUCUUUUGGCAAGUCUUGUCAAUGCAUUUCAUGAAGAUGGACGAUAAGUGAAGGGACGGAUGGCUGGCACCUGCAGAGCUGGUCCUAGCACUGUGUCUGUGGAUGAAGGUUGUAGCAGAGCUGAAGAGUCUGAGCCACUAAUCAAGUUUCCAUUUUUUAUUAAACUGAAUGGCUGUCAGGGCUUCCUGUUUGGGAGGAGUGAGGACAACCCCAUGCUGGGCAUGUAGGGUUAAUAUCUCCCGUACCUAGUGACUUUAAUGCAUUCCAGAGGUCCGGUUUACAAGUGACUGCAUGUGUAGCUGUAAUGAGUAGAGAGGAGACGGUCGUAGAGGGAUGCACUGAAUCCGUCUGUGUGCACUAAGUUAUUUUUAUUAUCUGGAUGCAGUCUGUUCCAGUCGUUGCAAGGCUUUAACACAUCUUAAUGGUUUUUCUCACGUUGUAUUAAUUAUUCACUUGGUUUUAUCUCUUAAUGUUAUUUUUAUAUGAACACCAACCAGUGCCUAUCGGUCCUCUCUUCUGUUACUACAUGGUUGAAAAUCUUUUUGCAGCUUCUAUCCAGACCGAGAGUUGUGGGUCAGUGACAACCACAGGCCGGCGAUAGCUGGCCAAAGGCAUCGGAGUUCUUUCAGGGACCCAGAAGACCCCCUCCCCAAUUUAACUGAUUUGCUAUUGGCAUCUGGUAACGGCUUAUCUUUACCCCGGCCAGAGGAAUAACCCGACUGUUUUGCUGGCAUUGAGAGCAAUGUGUAUGAUGGAGUUAGAUACGGUAGAUACCUGUUGGAUGGACAGUUUUCUCAUGCCUGUGGUCGGCUUAAAGGAACACUCCAGGCAAAAGUGAAGGU